GGUUGGGGUGAAGUAAGGAUAACGGCAGAUGGAGGAAUCUUGAAAGGCAGCUUUCAACGCCUACAUAGCCUUUGUUUCAGAUGGUGUGUGUGUGUAGAUUGGGUGUGUGGGGUUGAACCAGGGGCUUUGCGGAAGUGGUGGGUUAAAUGGACACACACACACGCCCCGCCUGAUGCCACCAGAUGACCCAUUUCACCUUUCCAGGAAAAUGUGCCUUUUAGAUAUUUCCUGGAUGCCCCUUCGUUACACCCCCUGCCAGCUGCCAUCCUGAUGUCUAAGCUACACCUUCUCCCCCACCCUUCUUUUCUCCAGCUCUUGCUGGGGCCAAACUCCUUUGGUGCCCUUGCCCAUUCUAGUGCCAGCUGGUCUGCGGGCAAAUCCGAGCUUUUUUUUUUUUUGAGUCUGCAGCUGGCACCGUUGAGCAAACACCCCUUUUCUUCUCUCCUCCUGCUGGUGGCAAAAGCGCCCAGGGUCUGCCUGCCACAGGCACUGUGUGUGCCCGCUUCCUGCUUUCAGGAGGUGUAAAAGCAUGGAUGCCAAGGUGAAUGAAUAUGCCCACCUGGUAGCAGCAGCAGCAGCAGCAGCAAGGCAGGCAUUGGGCAGGCCCAGGCGGAGAGGCAGGGGAGGCGGGGAGAGGAAGCUCUCUUCUGGGGAAAGGGAGCCGGAGCGAGAGGACGUCCUCUACCUUUCUCGCUGUCAGCAGGACUGGGAGCUCUGCAUCCAGCCGGGCAGAGCAGGAGAGAGGGGAAAUGAAGGGCACAUGGAGUCCAGUCACCGUGGCAGCAGGGACCAAGGCCCGCCCUCCCCCAUCGGGUCCCAGCCGGUGUCUCCACGCAACAGUAUCACAGGAUUGGCAUCUCCGGGGCUCUUCUCUCCUGCCAACAACCAGUACGUCUCAGAUGGGACAGUCCGGUACCAGCCUGAGGGUUCCAGCAGUUCCGUGUAUACCGGAGGAAACCCGCCAAAUGGGACUAGGCCUGACUCGCUCUUUGACUCUUUCCACACCCGGUUGCAGCCCGAUGGGUCUCGCCAUUCAGCAUCUGAGAGACAGAACCACCCUCUCUCCUUGGAUCUCAACAGAGCCCAGCCGGACGGCUCUGGGGGCGUCCAUGUCUUCAACACCCCAAACCUGCGCUCUCCGGUAGAGUUACGGCCAUUGUCCCCAGCCUCCGGCAGCUCGUCAACCCAAUCCAACGUCUCUCCCUCCAUGAAACUCAGCCAGUCGCCCAGCCGGGGUGUGCUCCCAGAACUUUGCGGCCUGGACCCAGUGACCUCUGGCAUCCUCGCCACGGUGGAACUCAAGGACACUCUCCCAAAGGCCGAAUCCAGCGACCACAUCUACCUGGGCCGCUCCGGCUCCUCGCAGCGGCCCAUGUCCCUCCCGAAAGCCAUCUCAAGCGAGUACAUCUCAGGUGGAGGAAGGGUGGGGCCCUCUAAGUCCGCCAUGCUCUCCAAGGCUGAGUCGGAGGACAUCGUCUCGUAUGGCAGGCUCCGGCAGCCCCCCAGAUCCCAGGACCUGGGCAGCAGCAACAUGAAUCCCAAGGAAAGUUUUCUGUUGCGACUCGGCCAGCCCAACACCAAGCAGGACAAUGAGUUUCGCAUCACUAUCGUGACCUGGAACGUUGGUACAGCCAUGCCUCCCACCGAUGUGACCUCGCUUCUGCACCUCAACACGGGGGACUCCAACAACACAGACAUGAUCACCAUUGGGCUCCAGGAGGUGAACUCCAUGAUCAACAAACGGCUCAAAGAUGCUCUUUUCACAGAUCAAUGGAGCGAACUCUUCAUGGAGGUGUUGAGUCCAUUUAAUUUUGUACUGGUGAGCACGGUGCGGAUGCAAGGUGUCAUCCUGAUGGUCUUUGCCAAGUACUACCACCUGCCGUUUCUACAGGACAUCCAGACGGACUGCACCAGGACGGGACUGGGAGGGUACUGGGGCAAUAAAGGCGGGGUGAGCAUCCGCCUCUCCAUCUUUGGCAACAUGGUCUGCUUCCUAAACUGCCACCUACCAGCACACAUGGACAAGGCAGAGCAGCGCAAGGAAGACUUCACCACCAUCCUCCAGAUGCAGCAAUUUGAAGGGCCGUCAGCCAGCGGGAUCCUUGACCACGACAUCGUCUUUUGGUUUGGGGACCUCAACUUCCGCAUCGAGAGCCUAGACAUCCGCUUUGUGAAAUACGCCAUUGAAAACAACAUCCUCCACCAGCUCUGGGAGAAGGACCAGCUGAACAUCGCUAAGAACACCUGGCCUAUCUUAAAAGGCUUCCAGGAGGGACUCCUCAACUUCCCCCCAACCUUCAAAUUUGACGUGGGCACCAACAUGUAUGACACCAGCGCCAAGAAACGGAAGCCAGCUUGGACUGACCGGAUCCUGUGGAAGAUCAAAGGCUCUGGCGCACCGACGCAUCCUGGGAGAUCCAUCUGUGGCCUCCUGUCUGUGAACCAGCUUUGCUAUUGCAGCCACAUGGAGUACACAGUCAGUGACCACAAGCCAGUGGUCUCCAUCUUUGCCGUGAAGUUUGCUUCCAGGGCUGACGUGCCACUGGUGGAGCUUCAGGUAGCUGAUGAGUGGACGAAACCGGAACAAGCGGUCACCUGGUACAAGGUGUCUUCGAGCUAUCACCGCAGCUCCUGGGACUGGGUUGCCCUUUACCGGGUGGGCUUCCGACACUUGAAGGACUAUGUUGCCUAUGUCUGGGCAAAGCAAGAAGACGCCGAAAGCAAUGUUUACCAGUUACUGUUUCCAGAGGAGUCUCUACCCAAAGGGAAGGGCGAAUAUAUCCUGGGUUACUACAGCAACAGUUACAGCUGUUUGGUGGGUGUGACAGAGCCCUUCCAGAUUUCACUGCCCACCUUGGAGCAAGCCACCAGCCCCACCGACAGCUCCAGCAGCACCUCGGAAGAGGAGGAUGACAGCACCCUGGUCCUCCUGGGCCCCAAAUCCCGCAGCCCCAGCCCUGGGAAGAUGAAGGGUCACCGUAGCCGCAGCCCCAGUUUGGCCAAGUUCCAUGGACUCAUCCUGCGCUCGUCAAGCCGGGACCAGGCGGCCAGCCGCAGCCCCUCACCCCAGGGCCGCCGGGGCAGCAGCAUCCUCAAGAGCGAAAUCCCCAGCAUCCAGUUCUCCAAGGACAGCCCCCGCCAACGCUCCAAGUCGCGAGAGGCUGCCCAGAAUGUAGAGAGCCUCGCUGGGCCUCGCUUCCAGAGCCCCUGGCGCUUUGACGAGAACCCCCUGGCCCGCACAGACCCCCGCAACCUGGGACUGCUGCCAGCUGUGCGCCUGGAAACCAUCGAUCAAGUCAUGGGCCCCCGGCGGGAGAGUGCCGACCAGGGCCUGCCUCCCCGCAGGAUGAGCCCCACCAGUCCAACCGUGGCCCUGGCCACCCUCUUCAGCACCUCCCCAAAGGAGGGGUUAUCCCCAGACCACCAUAGUCCAAACCACCACAGCCGUGAGGUGGGACACUGAGGGAGACGCAGCCGGCUGCUGUGAGCCCACUGUCCAACCAUCCCGUGUAGUGAGCUUGCAGUGUUAUCUCUGUGUCCUUUACCUGCCAGUUUUCUGCUCCGUGUGUGUCUUUCUCUCCUGGUGUGCGACACGACGACCCAGGGAAGGGGGCUGCCAUUUGUCAGGCCCCGUCUCCCAACUCGAGUAUGCUUGACAAUCAACUUCCUCCCUCCCUGUGCAUAGGGGGCUGAACAUCACGAGUGAAAAGCCCUCAGCCCCCUCGGCCUUUUCACCCAUAGAAACUCCCCACUCCUUGGUUUUUUUUGGGGGGGGGGGAGACCAUCCUUUGGUGAGAACUCCCUUCCCCAUUGAACAUUGUUUGGUGUUGAGAUGGAGCUCUACUCUCCUCUCCUAGCACAAUCUCUGCUCUUGUCCUGAGGCAUGGUGGUGGUGGAGGAAGAAGCAGCGGAAAGCUUGCCACUUCCGAUGGGAGGACAAUUGAUCAGUACAGCGGAAUGGGCAGCUGCAGAAAGAGGCGUGCAUGCCAGAAGCUUGGCUGGGUACGGGAUGAAGACACACUUUUGCUAUUGGUUGCAAAAGCUCUGCUUGGCUGGACUCAAUGGCUGCUGCAAGACCAGGCCCAGCCUGCUUGCAGGAAGUUGUUGAGACCAUAAGAAGUGAAAUACGGAACGUGCAAUAUGAUGGGGAUGGGAAAUCAAGCGUUCUUGGAGACAGGUGUGGGCCCCAGGCAUGAAGCUGGUGCUUCAGGUCUGGUUAGGGCCCAGCUGGUGUUUCCCCCCAAGGCUUGGGGGGGGGGCUGAACUGCAAAUGGCAGAAAGUUCUUGCUGGAGGAAAGGAGGUGGAUGCAACCCAGUUGAGAUCAUGGAGAUACAGUGGGGAGAGUUUGGGUACCAUUGGUGGGGUGGGGGGGACUCUGACCCAGGAAGCCGAAAAAGGAACGGGUGUGUGUGUGUGAGAGGGGGCAGUAUGUGUGGCUAGGUUGUCGGGGCAAUGUGACCAAGGUGCCUUGGAACCAGAAAUGACGAAAGCUGCCUGGGGGUGGGGUUUGGGGAAAGGGGAGGGUGAGGGGGGGGCUGGCCUCCCCCGAGACAGAUCCAUGACCUUCGCUGGGACGAGUUCAGAGUUGAUGCAAUCUGUCCUACCUCACUUUUCCCUUCCGCCUCCUUUCCAAUAAUAAUAAAAAUAAAAAUCAUCUACAAACCAACCUAUGGAUGACUGCAUUUGUGUGUCUCUCUCUCUCACUGGCAGUGGCAAAGAGC